CCAUUAUAGGUAUCUACAAUAUGAGUGCUCCACCUGCUCCAAAUGACUGGCAGACGACAAGAAAAUUAGUAAAAGAAAGGGGCCAGUAUCUGCUUGAAACUGGAACAUGGAGUGACUGUCGAUUUAUUGUUGGCACUGAACCUAAUCAGCAAGUCUUGGAAGGCCACAAACUGUUUCUUGCUAUGUCAAGCCCUGUAUUUGAAGCAAUGUUCUUUGGUGGAAUGGCUGAGAAAGAUCCUAUUGCUAUUCUAGAUGUUCAGCCUGAAGCAUUCAAGGCAUUACUGGAGUAUAUUUACACUGAUAGAAUAAAUCUCACAUCAUUUGAUCAGGCUUGUGAGUUAUGUUAUGGAGCUAAAAAGUAUAUGCUCCCUUAUUUGGUGGAAGAAUGCACGAAAUAUUUGUGGUCAGAUCUCUAUCCUAAGAAUGCCUGUAGAGCAUAUGAGUUUGCAAAACUGUUUGAAGAACCAAUGCUAAUGGAUAAAUGUCUCAGAAUUAUCUGCAAUCAAACUCAGGAAGUACUACAGGAAUCAAGCUUUGAUGAUGUUGAGUUAACUACAGUAUUAACAGUUUUUGAACAAGAAGACCUCAAUAUUAAAUCUGAGCUAGAAUUAUUCUCAGCCGUUGCCCGUUAUGCUGUGAAACAUAAUCAAAUAUCAGGUGCGAAAGUACCUAGACUAGAUGGUAUAGGUAAUUGUGAUUAA